CGAACAGUACACAAGAUGCACGUCUGACAUGCAGUUGGUCGCUUGAGACGGGCGGAUACAGCAUCACCGGGAGACACUGAGCCGCAGUAUGCAUCGGAGGGUGGAGUUGGACCAGAGCAUAGAAGCGUGGAAGUUUUAUUUUUGGUGACACUCUUGAUCGCUUGCCGCCACUUGCCCGAUUUAAAGUUAUGCGUUCGAGUUCUGGGCUCCCCCGCACCCACGGCACGGUGAAUGGACCUGCGUGUGCACAAUGAUGAGCAGCGAUCUUUCCAUUAUGACGAGGAGAUGUCUUCUCACUUACAAACCUUUCAGGAUUUUCGUGGUGGGAAUUGGAUUCUUCAGUCUGUGCUUUCUAAUGACCUCUCUCGGGGGGCAGUUCUCAGCCAAGCGACCCUCAGAUUCCCCUUUCACCACACGAGCCGAAGUAUUUGGGGGUCAAGAAUCCCGCGGUGUGCUCAGGAAAAUCAGUGACAUGCUGGAAGUCAUUAUGAAGCGGAUGGAUGCCCUGUCUAGACUGGGUAACACCACUGAAAACCACAAGUUGGACGAGCUUGCGUCUGUCCUUGACAGAAUUCAGCCAAUAGGUCUGGUGGAGCGGAUCCAGGCCAUAGCCCAGAACAUGUCGGACAUGGCAGGGAGGGUGGAGCAGAUUCUACAGCGCAGCAUUGCAAGCAAAAGAAUUAAGGAAGGAACAUUCGGACAGUGUGACAUUUCUAAAGACCCUCAUUAUCCAGACUGCCCCAGCAAGAUGGAUUGGAUGCGUGUCCGUUGGACCUCUGACCCGUGCUACGCUUUUUAUGGAGUUGAUGGCUCGGACUGCUCCUUUCUCAUCUAUCUGAGUGAGGUGGAGUGGUUCUGUCCCCCACUAGCCUGGAGGAACCAGACUGCUACGCCCACCUUGAGGCCUCAACCCCGGAAACAAGCUGUUUUCCGGUUUGACACAGGCGCUCUGCUGGAGCAGGUGGGCACCGGAAAGGAGUCUCUCAACUUCAUGAAGAGACGCAUACGCAGGCUGGCAGCACAGUGGGCCUUCGCUGCUCGACGGCUGGAUGACAAGCUGCGCAGCCACUGGAGGGACGAGAAGCGGAUUCUUGUCCACGUGGGAUUUCUGACAGAGGAGUCUGGUGAUGUGUUCAGCCCUAAGGUGCUGAAAGGGGGCCCGCUGGGUGAGAUGGUGCAGUGGGCCGACAUCCUCACAGCUCUCUAUGUGCUUGGACACGACCUCAAGAUCUCUGUUUCUGUCAAAGAGCUGCAUGGGUUUUUGGGGGUCCCGCCUGGAAGAGGAAGUUGCCCUCUGACUGGCCCUCUGCCCUUUGACCUCAUCUACACAGACUACCACGGCAUGCAGCAGAUGAAGCAGCACAUGGGGCUGUCACUGAAGAAGCACAAGUGCCACAUCCGUGUGAUCGACACUUUCGGCACCGAGCCGGCCUACAACCACGAGGAAUAUGCCACUCUGCAUGGCUACAGAACCAACUGGGGCUACUGGAACCUUAACAGCCAACAGUACAUGACCAUGUUCCCUCACACCCCAGACAACUCUUUUAUGGGGUUUGUGGCAGAGGAGCUGAACGAUACUGCCAGACUGAAUAUCCAAAAGAACAAAGUAAACAACAUGGCUGUCGUCUAUGGCAAAGAGGUCAGCAUGUGGAAGGGUAAGGAAACAUUCCUGUCCAUCCUGCAUCGCCACAUGGAGAUCCAUGGGACAGUGUACUAUGAAACACAACGUCCCCCAGAGGUGCCUGCCUUUGUGAAGAACCAUGGCCUUCUUCCCCAGCAGGAACUCCAUCAGCUCCUGAGGAAGGCUAAGCUGUUCAUUGGUUUUGGAUUCCCGUAUGAAGGCCCCGCCCCUUUGGAGGCCAUCGCCAAUGGCUGCAUCUUUCUGCAGCCCAAGUUUAGCCCUCCUCACAGUUCUCUCAAUCAUGAGUUCUUCAGAGGGAAGCCCACCUCCAGGGAGGUGUCCUCUCAGCAUCCCUAUGCAGAGCAGUACAUCGGCAAGCCGCACGUGAUUACCGUUGACUUCAAUAACUCGGAAGAGUUUGAUGCAGCCAUCCGUGACAUCAUGAAGAUCAACGUGGAGCCUUUUUUGCCAUAUGAGUACACCUGUGAGGGCAUGCUGGAAAGAGUCCAUGCCUACAUUCAGAACCAGGACUUUUGUUCUCCUGAAGCUCUGUUUCCUCCAGUGAACGCUUCCCGGAUCUGGCAGGGAAGCCUACUCGCUCCUUUCAUGCUCCUGCCCAACUCUAGCCUCCUAACUUGGGCCUCCAACGUCACCUCCUACCCAUCCUGGCCUCCGCUAGGUGCCCUGCAGCUCUUGGCUGCGCUGCAGGGUGAGUCUUGUGUGAAGGGCUGCCAGGACGCGGGGUUAAUCUGCGAACCUGCCUUGUUUCGUUUCAUCAACAUUAAGGAAGCCUUCAAUGCGCUGGACUUCCAAUGUGCGGGGCUGGAGUCAGAGAUAAAUCACCUCUUUCCUGCCUUCUCAGCAGAACAUGCAGAAUGUGGCCUGCAGCAGGACCCGUUGCUGUUCAGCUGUGCAGGUGCCAGCAUCAAAUACCAGCGCCUUUGCCCCUGUAGAGACUAUCGAGAUGGUCAGGUGGCACUGUGCAGAGACUGCUUGUGACCGGAUACGCCCGGUCCUGUUAUCCCUGGAGAUCCUCUCCGACUAGGUAGCUUGUGGUCCAAUGUUUUGACCGGGGCCGUUGUGGAAAAUCCUUUACAAUGUAGCUGU